AUGCGUCCGUGUAUGCAACGAGCGUGGGAUUCUGAGACCAUCUAUUUUCUUCAAAAGGACGACGAGGCGAUGGUCGUGGACAUACAUUCCCCCUACAUCAAAUGCUCGCUUUCUGGAUUCGUGUUGGAGCCCGACCUACGCAGUUGCCAGCUGAUGGUGAUUUCAUUUGCCCGCGUGCUGGUCGAGAUCGAGACCGGAAAGUCAAUCGAAGCUGGCAUUGCUGUGACAGCUGAGUCUGCAGACGAAAUCGAAAUUGCUCUGGGCGACAGCAUAUAUGAUCUUCGGAACAGAUGGGGACUCAAACACUACGUUGCUGCCGUCAAUGGAUGCCUUUCUUUUAGCAGAUCUUUACAGCAAGAACGCAAGAGAAGUCCCGCUAGAGACCUUUCGCAUCUGAUGGCCAAGGUAUUGUACGAGCAGGUGGUUGUGCAUCUUGAGAGCAACAUGGGAUUACUUCCAAAUUUCCAGCAAGCACUUACUCCGAGGAACCUACCACUUCAUCGGCGUAUUGCCAUCCCUGAUCAGAAUAAGAGAGACACUAGAACCGAUAGCGAUAUAUCAGAUCGCAUGGAUGCCGAAAGUAUUGUUCCCGACUCACCUAUCGAUGUCCUCAUGGACGACUCAGAGGAAGUCGUAGCGCAUGGAGAUGACAAGAAAGCGACUAUCGCGCGCACUUUCCUCUCCAAUCUGGCAAAGUUCAACAAGAAGCACAUUCCCCGAAGUCUUCCCAAAGCUUUCGUUAGAACCAGAGUAUGCAUCAUAGAUACUGGUUUGAACUUAUCCGAUGCUACUGUACGCGGCUUUAAGCGUAGGGUCGUACGUGGGCGCAGCUGGGUCGAUGAUAACCCCGAAGACUACGACGAUAAAUGUGGCCAUGGCACUCACAUAGCCCGCCUACUACUCACCACUUCGGUCCAUGCAGAGAUAAUCAUUGCCAAAGUCUCCACCGAUAAGGAAUUCCGCCCAGAGAGCAUUCAGCAUAUCACAUCCCGGGCAAUCCAAUGGGCAAUCGAGAACGACGCGGACAUCAUUUCGUUAUCAUUGGGUUUCCACAACGCGAUUCCGGAAAUACGAGAUGUGCUCCACGAGGCUAUUUCCCCCGAGGACGACGAGAUUCCGCCCAGGAUUGUGUUCGCUGCAGCGGGCAAUUGGGGCCUCAAUUACCCACGCGCCUUCCCGUCCAAUGAGAAAGGGGUAUUCUGCGUUCUUGCAUCAGACGGGAAUGGGUACAGUGAGAGCAUCAAUCCAGACGAUAGCAACGAGAACGAGGACUCUUUCAGAACCUUGGGGGUUGCCAUUGAAUCGAUGUGGCAAGGCAAAAUCUUCCGUUUAUCCGGCACUUCGUAUGCCACGCCGAUUGCUGUGGGAAUGGCAGCGAAUGUUCUUGACUUCGCUAAACUGAACAUGAACAUUAAAGGCGAUCGCUGGCGUAAAUUGAGGUCUUAUACCGGCAUGCGAGCAGUGCUUCGCCUGAUGACACCUAAAGGCAACAACCAGUUGUACCUCUGCCCAUGGCAGCUCGAUGCAAGAGGGCUGAAGACUACCGCACAGAUAGCGAAGGCGUUUAGGGAGGAGAUCAACUUGGGUUAG